AUUCUUUCUCAUGUAACGUAGAACCACCUAGGUUAUGACUUAUGAGUUAUGAACUAUAUUAUUUUCACGUUGAUUUCGGGUUGAUAGUUCAAAUUUAGGGAAGUCUACCUAUCAAUUACUUGUAGAUUGAAUAUACUUCACUAUUUUGUCAAAACCCAAGCGAUUAGUUUAAUUCAGUCUUCAGUCUCCGGUCUUGACGUUCAUUCGUAGGUGAACUUGAUAUUGCUACCGCCGGCCGCCGCUACCAAUUCUUGCUCCAAAGUGAAUGAAACGUCAGAGAAACGAAUCCAAGGCAAGCUGGCUGAUGACUGCUCGUUCGAGCCACAUACCUGCUCGUUCGAGCAGUUGCUUCUGACAAGUACUGGACUGCUGGCUGAUGAUGUUUGCUGCUGAGGGUCAAUCGGAAACAUUUCCUUUGUUGUCACUAACAAGAGUAAGGUUGCGUACAUUCGACCCCUAAACCCAUUUAGGUUGUUCUCACAGAAUGAUUUGUGAAGAUACGAUAGAGCAUUGAACUCAAGGAUGGUGCCUGCGGCUGCUUCUCAACGCUCUACAGUUGGGGUUCCUUGUUUACAAGACGGGCAAUCAAGUUGUAAGAGAAAGGAAGGUUGUGAUACUUUAAACCGUUGUACAUCUGUGAAGCCAACUAAGUUUGACUAUAACCAUAAUUGUCGACUUUGUUUACGAAUUUCUGGAUAUAGUUUAAGGAAAGAAAUUUUGGGGAUAACAUGCAGAGCUCAGCGUGGUAGUGUUUGCAUUGAUGAUGUUGAUGAAGUUAGUCAUGAUGAAUGGAAAUGGAGGUCUCAGAGAUCUACAGCCAGUCUACAUAAGAAUACUAGACAAAUUUGUUUGAAGAGGUCUGUUUCUUGGCUAGAUGGACCUUUUGUGGAGAAUGAUGAGCGCAAAAACAAUGAUAUCCUUCAAAGAUUCUGUAGCUAUGGAAAGCUCUUUGAAGCAACAAGGUUGGUGGAGAUCAUGGCUCGUCAAAGCCAAAUUCCUCAUUUUCCUUCAUGUAUAAAUUUGAUACGUGGUCUUAUUCAUCUAAACCAGGUUGAUAAAGCAGAAAAGGUUUUGCAUAUUGUUGUAAUGUCUGGUGGUACUCCGGAUGUUAUUACAUACAACAUGUUAGUUGGGGGAUUUUGUAAUAUUGGGCAGUUAAAUUCAGCCAUUGACGUCUUGGAAGAUAUGAACUGCAGUGGCUGUCCACCAGAUGCAAUCACAUAUAAUACCAUCAUCAGGUGCUUCUUUUAUAAGGGCAAGUAUGAUCAAGCUAUAACAUUUUGGAAAGAGCAACUUAGAAAGGGUUGUCCUCCUUAUGUUAUCACAUACAUGAUUAUACUAGAUUUAGUCAUGAAGCAUUGCGGAGUAGUAAGAGCUCUUGAAGUGUUGGAUGAUUUCUCUGUUGAAGGCUGUUAUCCUGAUAUAAUCACAUUCAAUUCGCUGGUGAAUUCUAUAUCUAAAGAAGGAAAAUUUGAAGAAAUGGCUUUGGUCAUAUAUAAUUUGAUAUCUCAUGGUUUAGAGCCAAAUACCGUGACCUAUAAUACAAUACUUCAUGCUAUGUGUAGCCAUGGUUAUUGGGAAGAAGCUGAUGAAAUUUUGUCCAUCAUGAAUCAUACUUCCCAAUCACCAACUGUUAUUACUUAUAACAUCUUAAUUAAUGGUUUCUGCAAGUACGGGCUCUUGGGUCGUGCCUUAACUUUUCUUGAUCAAAUGAUUGGCAGGAACUUUUCCCCAGAUAUAAUAACUUACAAUACCCUUUUAGCAGCCAUUUGUAAGGAAGGAAUGGUGGAUGAAGCUCUUUGCAUUGUUCGGGUAUUAAGUCAUAGUAACUGCUCUGUUGGCCUGAUUACUUAUAACAUUGUCAUCGAUGGUCUGACCAGGAAAGGUUAUAUGGAGAAAGCAAUGCAAGUGUACAAUGAAAUGAUAGAUAAGGGGAUUUUAGCUGAUGAAAUAACUCAUCGUUGUCUUGUCUGGGGUUUUUGUCGGGCAGAUAAAUUUGACGAGGCUGUGGAGGUACUCAGGGAGAUGGAGAGAAGAAACCACAAGAUAGCAAAUAGCUUUUGCAGGUUUAUGAUUCUGGAGAUGUGUAGAAACGAGAAACUGGAUGUUGCUAUACAAGUUCUCGAAAUCAUGAUCUGCAAUCAGAUCAAGCCAGAUGCAACUGUUUAUAUCAGUUUAAUUAGAGGUUUAGCUGCUUGUGGUAUGAUUGAAGAGGCUCAUGGACUUUCUUCUAAGCUAGUUGAGUGGGGGGUUCUGAGAGAAGGUGUUAAGCUGGAUUAACAUGCAAAUUUUACGUCUGCAACAUUCCCGGUACCACCCUUUCAGCGUUACCUUCGCUUCACGGUUUCUUAAAGUACUCUUUUAUGAAGGUGAGCUCUAUGUUUACAAACAUCUCAUGGUACGAGACACUACGUAAUAUCCCAGCCCUUAAGCUGAUAUGUGUAACCAAAGAUUCCAUAAUCCAGUGUUAAUGGGCUGAUUCUUCGCUGAAAGUGCAGUAAAGUUUUCUUCUCAGUAAAUUUCAUUCUGUCACAAUAUUCUAAAUUAAUUGCUAUGGUUUAGAAAUAGUUUGGUGCACUUGUCUAUGGCUUGUUUUACUGCAAUUGGCCCCCUUAAUUUGGACAUCGUUGUUGCGAUUUUGUUGACGGAGUGAGCCCAAAAACUUAAGGGGGUGAGGAGUAUAGGUUCCGCACCUUUCUCCUUGACAUCCUUCCCUAUCCUCUUGGCUCCCACAGAGAAGAAUUUCCCCGGAAAUAUGAACAUGUUAUAAAGGUUUAUACUAUUUGGCGCCUGUAAUAAUGUGAUCCUUGUUAGUUGUUAGGGAGUUGUGUGAUAUAUUAUAAACUGAUGAACGAAUAAAAGAAUAUGCAUAUGAAGAGUAAUUUUGGAUAGAUUCUAUCGGUGAUAGAAUGUAGUGCAUGAACAAUAUUUUUGCCUUUAAAUACCCCUUGUGGAUGAAUAAAAAGAUCAUCGAUCAAUCUUAAAUCUACUCAAAAUAUUCUGUUUAUUGCUAUUAUUAGAUAAUCUAUUUCCUUCAAUUUUUUUUGGGUUUGAGAGGUGUGGCACAUUCAAAGGAAGUAAGAACUUUCAGGUAUUGAUUCGAACAAGGUGCUAUUAAAUAUAACUUUUCGGCUUCAACUAUAGUCUAUAGUAAAAGAGCUAGUUUGCUACUUUAAAGAUAAUAGAUGUUAAUGGGGUGUUUGACCGCUAAUGAUUUAGUGUUGACUUGUUUGAUUAGUUGGUCUAAUUGUUUUUUGGUUAUCUUGUUAGGAAACUAUUUAAGCUGAUUGUUGUGGAGAUAUUUGAUAAAAAGUAAAAACUAAUUGAUUGUUGUAUGUUAGCUAUUUAUAAGAGAAAAAAACAUUAUUAAAAAUUACUUUCAGUAGCUUUUGUAUUUUAGCUUAAACAUUUGUUUGUUUAGCUCUUUUAAAAAGUAAAUUUUUUUUUACUGUUUAAUCAACCAAAAAAUAAAAGCUAAAAGACAAAUUAAAAAACAAUUUGCCAAACAUAUUCUAUUAAGCGACUAAUUAAAAAUUGAAGUGCUUUAAAGUUGAUAUACCAAAGACAAAACAGAAUAAAUCCAAAACUAAUUAUUAAAACAUGCUCCAUGUGACUUACUA